AUGUCUUCGAUAUUGGCUUUUAGUGGGGGCAAUAAAGCUCCUCAUUACCUGUGUUUUGCUGCUUGUUCGUAUCAGUUUGAUGGGAACAAUGCAUUGGGGCAGAUGGAGCUAGUAGUGUGUCACAUACUGCUCAUUGUAUUACUCCUGGAUCAAAGCGGUGCCACAAUUACGAUAAAAAAUGCAGAAGUUGUUACGAUCACCCGCCUAAACAAUGGAGAUGCGUUUGCUGCUAAUGGUGCGGAGUGCAGUGUAGAUACAUGCGUGGGAUUUACGAGUGGUACUGCAGCUUUACCUAAAAGUGUAGAUGCCGUCGUUGCGAAGGGGUCCUGUAACUGCCAAUGUCAUCAGCACAUACCGACGUUUCGAGAGGACCUACACAUAUGUGUUGAUGAUGUACACGAAUGCGUUCUGGCUCCAUUUGUUAGCGCUUCAACGUCACAGAAGAUACCUUUUGUUUUUCUACCAUUAAAAGGACAAAUCAUUCAUCCGAGCAAGGAAAUAAAUUUUACAGGUAAGUAA